GCGCAAGCGACCGAGCAGACGAACACGCGGAUGCUGGUCCAAACGCCCGUGCUGCUGAGGCCCAGAUUCGCCAAGACCUUUUCUCCGCAUUCACGCCUUCUUCGCGACGACCCGCGCCUCGCAGACAUGGGCAAGAAGGGAAAGAAGUUCAAGAAGCGGGUGGACCAACCCAAGAAGGAACGGCCACAACACACAAACUACGUAGAGUUGGUCAGAGAGAAUAAAGACUUUGAAACAUAUUACAAGGCCCAGAAAAUUGUUCCGGAAGAGGAAUGGGACGAAUUCCUGUCCUGCAUGAAGACCAACCUCCCAGCUGCCUUCCGCCUGACAGGGAGCAAGAGCAUGGCCCGGGCCCUCCUCAAGGUGCUCACCAAGAGCUUCUUUGAGCCCCUGUCACAGCUGGUGCCACCUGAGCUCACUGAGGAGGAGAUCAAGGCAGGCGAGGAGCCAGUCAAGCCCCUGCGCCCAAUCUGUCUGCCAUGGUACCCUGACAACCUCGCCUGGCAGUUGAACUUGACACGACGCAACAUCCGUAGAUGCGAGGCCUACUGGCAGCUGCACCAGUGCCUCAUCUCGGAGACAGAGACAGGCAACAUCAGUAGGCAGGAAGCUGUUAGUAUGAUCCCUCCGCUAGUGCUCAAUGUUGAACCACAUCAUAAGAUAUUAGACAUGUGUGCAGCCCCAGGAAGCAAGACAGCGCAGUUGAUUGAGUUCCUUCAUUGUUCUGAGGAUGAGUUGGGAGCAGCCAUUCCCCAAGGGAUUGUUGUUGCAAAUGAUGUUGACAACCGCCGUUGCUACAUGUUGACACAUCAGGCCAAGCGUCUCCAGAGCCCCUCCAUCAUUAUUACCAAUCAUGAUGCUGCCUUCAUGCCCAAGAUCUACCAUACUCGGAAGGAUGGAAGUGUCGGGCCUCUCAAGUACGACCGCAUCUUGUGUGAUGUUCCCUGCUCAGGAGAUGGCACCCUCCGCAAGAACUUUGAUGUGUGGGCCAAGUGGAAUCCUGCCAAUGGAGCCAAUCUCCAUGGUUUGCAGCUGAGAAUAGCCCGGCGUGGCUUGGAGAUGCUGGAGGUGGGCGGACGCAUGGUGUACUCUACAUGCUCCCUCAAUCCCCUUGAGAAUGAAGCUGUGAUUCAGCGUCUCCUUAUCGAGGGCAGUGGCUCCAUCAGGUUGCUGGAUGUAACAGAGCAGCUACCUGGACUCAAGUUUAUUCCUGGCCUUGAAGAAUGGACCCUGAUGAACAGAGAGAUGGAAGUGAUAAAGACUGUGGCAGAUAUUCCCCUAAAGAACACCAACCUCUUCAACAAGCACCUGUUCCCACCAGCACCAGAGGAUAGAGAGAAGCUCAAUCUCCGUAGAUGUAUCAGGAUCUUACCACACCAGCAAGACACAGGCGGCUUCUUUGUGGCCGUUCUGGAGAAGGUGAAGCCUUUGCCUGGAGAGAAGGUGUACAAGCCAAGUGAGCAAACAGAGCAGAAGGACGAGUCACACAAAACUCAGAGGAUUAAGGAACCACCUAAGAAGAAGCGAAGACAGGGGUUCAAGGAGGCUCCCUACUACUACUUCGAGGACGAUGAAGUUGUGUGGCCAGGCAUUAAUGACUUCUAUGCCAUUCGGGAAGAGAUUGGGCCAGGCCUCUUCCUCAGCCGGACCAAGGAGGGCAAGAAGAGGAACCUUUACUUCACCAACAGCCUUGUCAAGGAUAUUGUCAACUUGAAUCAAGAAGACAUUAAGAUUAUCAACACUGGUGUCAAGGUGCUUGUCAGGAGUGAUAACAAGGGCACGCCAUGCGACUUCAGGCUUGCACAGGAUGGAUCUGCAGUGCUGCUGCCUCUCAUAACUAAACGCAAGAUCACUGUCACAAGGGAAGACCUGGUAAUCAUGUUGCAAAAUGACGACAUGGAAAUGCCACCAGAAAUCACGACUCUUGAUCCAAAGACACAAGAACAAUGCACAGAGUUGUGUACAGGUGCAAUAGCCUUCCUGUUCAAGGACGAAGAUCUGACCAUAGAGCUGGUGGGUUGGAAGGGCAACAGGUCUGUCCGUGCGUACGUGGCAAAGCAUGACCGUCUCCACUAUCUUAGACUCUUAGGUGCAGACACUUCAAAGUAUGAGAAGAAUAAAUUCCAAGAACAGAGAGACCUGGAAGCCAAGAGUGCUGCUAGUGAGAACAACGGUGAUAUGUCACUUGGCAAUGAAAACAGUGAUGGCAUAGACAUGACGAAUGAUGAAACUAUAAAAGAGAAUAGCAGUGGUGAAAAUGGCUCCGACACAAAUGGUGAAAACGUUAUAGAAGCUGAAGAAAAAUAGACUUUCUUCCUUUUUGUCUUCUUUUCUUUUUUCUUUUUUGUAAUAGAUAGUCAUGGUAAUUAAUGUUAUACCCAAAUUCUGUUGUAUUUUUGUGCUUUAGAGUUUGUUUUUUAUAAUACAUUUGUGAACAAAAAGAUGGAAACACAAGGAGAAGGAAAUUUUUAAUUAAAAGUGUUUUCUUUUCUUUAUAUUUUUUUCUAUUAUGCAGCACAUCUUAACAAUUGUGAGAGUUAUUAUAUUGUUCACCAUUAUGGUAUAAGGAAACACUUUUUAUGGAUAUUUUGCAAUAAAGUAUUAAUUAUAUAUA